AUGUCCUGUUGUCGCCGGCUACUUUUUCAAGUCCACUUUCUCAAUCUGAUCAAUCGUUACCCGUCAUCCCGCUACACCCCUUCGAAUGCAAUCUUGCCAUCAAUUGCUACCGCCAAUACACGCCGCUACUCGUCGGGCCUUCUUCCUAGUCGGCAAGGAGUGCCCAGCCAGACGCGUCGCCGACAAACGGAUCAUGUCGUCGUUGAGGACGAACGAGGACAUCUGGAGGCCCCCUCGUCGGAGGGGCAGAUGGAAGCCCGCCCACACAUAGACAACUUGCUUGAAUACGAAGCUCUGCGUUGUCAGGGUGGUGCUCAACUGGAUGGAGCGCGUAUUUCAUGGGUGAUACUACUCAACGGAGCCAUUGCGAGCGGCAAUUCGACUGCUAUAUCUCACCUCGUCGCCGACCUGGUCAAUGGUUCAAUUGGGAUGCACCAGAACCGCGUGGCCGUCUUAUACGCCUAUCUGGCCAGAGUGGACUCGCAGAUGUUAGGUGCCAAAGAAGUUUAUCUGCUCUUACAGGGCCUCUCAAAUAAUCCCUCAGCCAUACGCGACAUUCCCCUCCAAAUCGUUGAGAAACUCACGCUCUGGUUGGUGGGCAUACCCAAUUCAUCACUCCAUUACGCGCUUCUCUCAGACAUUAUUCAUUCGCUCCUCCUCUCUCGCCUCGGAGACGUUAAGGCUCCUACGGGGGCCCGGAUGAUCGGCUAUCGGCCCCCUUCUAUCGUAUACGCUGCCUUCCGUCUCAUACGUAGGUGUAUGACGAGCAAAAAUUUCGACAAGAGAAUCAUCAAACUUUUUCGGACAUUGGCACAGUCGAGGAAUAUCCCGCCAGAGGCUAUUCAGACGAAUGACAACCACACGAACGAUAUCCACUACAUUGUAGCCGCUGCUCUUCUCAGGGCGUCGCUCCACUGGGGCUGGAAGGGCCUUGGCUCAAAUAUACUGAAGGAAAUCCUGCAGCAUCGGUGUCGAUACCCCGAACAUAUCACGAUCUUGACGGUGGAUGCGUUAUACAGUCUCAUGGACACUCCGUCUCGAGAUGAUGUUUCCGCGUGUCGGUCGAUAUUGGCAGCGUUCCACCAUGGAGUACCCAACGCAGUCGUUCCUGACGGUCUCAUUCGACAGUUUUACAAGCACGCAUGCGAACACAAUAUGCCCCGCUCCGCAGAAUCGGUGUACGCGCUCUCGCGCUCUCAUAGCAUUGCCAAGGCACACACUUAUCCACCUCCACAAGGAUCUGCUCUACCAUGGCUCAUGGGUUAUCUGACUCAUGUCAGCAAGAACGAACACUUGGCACGUCAAUUAGUUGCGCAGGUAGUCGAUGAUUACGAGCCGAUCCCUCUCCAAUUCCGUGCCAGGUUUAUUUCGUUCGUGGCUAUGAAUGGAUCUGCCACCCAUGCCCGCAACCUGUGGGAAAGAUACGCCGUUGGCAAAGAUAAGGACGCUAUACUGGCGCAUUCUGGGCUUAUGUUGCGCAUGGUGGAUCUGUUUUAUCAUCUAUCCACCCGUAAUGAUGGGCAGCUCAACGAAGAUGAACUCAUUCCACGUCCAUCGGAUGUUGAACCUCAGAUAGACGAGGGUAAUGCCUAUUAUGACCGAUCAAGCGCAAGCUUGACUGCUUUUACGGACCGAGUACUCUCGAGCUUUGUCCGGGCCCACGAACCUCUUGCGACGGCGCAUCAUUACACGCUUACUUCGCUGGCUAGGGCCUUCUUCAUCCUGGGACGAUUCUCCGAGGGCUUCGAAACAUUGAAGAACAUCUGGGACCGGAAGGAAGUCCCCGACUCCCAUGACAUCAAUGUCGCAUUAUCUGCUCUCGCUGUGCGUAAACCACGGGCGGCGGCCAGCAUGAUGGAACGGAUGUUAGAGAAAGGGAUCCGACCUGAUCCAGUAUCCUUUGGGACUGUUCUCCACCAUGCGCUGGCUCAUAACGAUGUGGUCCUUGCAACCGAACUGAUACACCGUGCCCGGGACGUCAACGGGGGGAAAAUCACCCUCAAAUCGGUCACGUCACUUAUCCGCGCAAGCCUGCGAAGGGAAAUGGACGUUAGCGAACGCCGCAGUAGUUUGACCCUAGUGCUGAACAUUCUCAAGGCGCUCAACGAUUCAGGAUUCACCCUUGCGCCUGCGGUGGGUAAAUACUGCAUGCGCAUAGCCCUGGACGCGAACGAGCCCGGGAUCGCCUUCAAGUUCUGGGACUUGUUGUUAAGGCGCAAGACUCAGUGGACGGACCAGGAGCAGCGGUUUUUGCGGGAACGAUUAGCCAGGGCUAUCCGUAGUCAUCGACAGCACGAAAAAAUCAGAGAUGCGCAGAGUCGAAUGAUGCUUUCCCAUCUACGUGAGAAAAGGAGGGUUCGACGAGGACGGUAG